AUGCUAAAAGACCAGCUAGCCAUCCACUCUGGUUCUUUUCCUGGAAACUGGAGAUUGAAAUCUAUCUUCCUUUUCUCUUCUUCAGGACAAGAUCUUCAGCUGGAAGGGGGUACCUUGGGGUCCUGGGGGAGUACCCCCCCGCCCUCCUCCAGGGCCAGGGGACCAGCAUCUUCGGGCAGGAAAUACUCAGACCAUUGUGAGGCCAGGGCCUCGAGGCCUGGAAAGAGCCGUAUCCCUGGCCGUGACCACCGGCGCUACUACCACGACCACUGGCGGCUGGAGUACCUGAUGGACUUCAACCCUGCUCGGCAUGGCAUGGUGUGCAUGGUGUGUGGCAGCUCCCUGGCCACCCUCAAGCUCAGCACCAUCAAGCGGCACAUCCGCCAGAAACACCCCUACUCUCUGCAUUGGAGUCCCCGUGAGAAGGAAGUCAUCAGCAACAGCUGGGAUGCCCACCUGGGGCUGGGGGCCUGUGGUGAGGCUGAGGGCCUAGGGGCCCAGGGGGCUGAGGAAGAGGAGGAGGAGGAAGAUGAAGAGGAGGAAGAGGGAGCUAGCCUCCAGGCUUGCCCACCCAAGGGCUCAGGCAAAGCCUCAGCUGGUGGGGGCUCCCGGCUUCGGCGUCGGGUGCAAGGGGGCCCAGUGGCAUCCCGACGCAGGUGCCUCUCAGCCUCCAGAAGGGCUGGGGGCAGCAGGGGACUGGGGUCCCAGCGCCUGGAGAGAAGGCUGAAGGAGUCCUUGCAGAGCUGGUUCCGGGCUGAAUGUCUCAUGGACUAUGACCCGCGGGGGAACCGGCUGGUGUGCAUGGCGUGUGGCCGGACAUUGCCCAGCCUGCACCUGGAUGACAUCCGUGCCCAUGUGUUGGAAGUGCACCCCAGCUCUCUGGGGCUCAGCGGCCCUCAGCGCAGUGCCCUGCUGCAGGCUUGGGGUGGCCAGCCUGGGGCGCUGUCUGAGCUCACCCAGCCCCCACCAGACGAGGACCUCGUUCCCCAGGACCUGACCAGAAAGAGCCGGGACUCGGCCCCUGCUGCUGGAGCCCCCUCCUCUCAGGAUCUCAGUCCCCCAGACGUAAAGGAAGAGGCUGGCAGGGUCCCUGAGAGGCCCGGGCCCACAGAGGAGGGCGAGAGCGAGGGAGAGGCGGAGAGGGAGGGGGUUCCCGGGCAGUCGCUGCGGGGCGGCGACCACCGCCCUCACUACCAGGAGCGCUGGCGACUGGAGUACCUCAUGGAGCUGGACGGCGGCCGGCGCGGCCUGGUGUGCCUGGUGUGCGGGGGCGCGCUGGCCUCGCUCAAGAUGAGCACCAUCAAGCGGCACAUCCGCCAGCGCCACCCGGGCUCCACGUGCCUCACCGGGCCUGUCAAGGAAUGGAGCGAGAAGGCCGCCCACCUUCUGGCCCUGGGGCUGCCCUGCUCGGAGCCGCCCCCCGGCCCCACCGGCCCCAGCGAAGUCCCACUUUCCCCUGGGGCUGCUUUGGAGCGGCCCGCCGAGGAAGAGGAGGACGAAGAGGACGGGCAGGAACCCGGAGGACUGGCCUUCCCGCCGCUGCCACUGCCGCCACCGCCCCCUCCCCCGCCGCCGCCGCCCCGCAGCCGGGAACAGCGGCGGAACUACCAGCCGCGCUGGCGGGGCGAAUACCUGAUGGAUUACGACGGCAGCCGGCGCGGCCUGGUGUGCAUGGUGUGCGGGGGCGCGCUGGCCACGCUCAAGGUGAGCACCAUCAAGCGGCACAUCCUGCAGGUGCACCCCUUUUCCAUGGACUUCACACCGGAGGAGCGCCAGACCAUCCUGGAGGCCUACGAGGAGGCGGCGCUGCGCUGCUACGGCCACGAGGGCUUCGGGCCACCCGCCCCUGCACCGCGUGACGGCGGCACGGACCUCAAGCCGGGUGCCGUGUGCCGGGCAUAGCGGACUCGCCGGGUCGCCCUGUGCUCGGCCGGGCUGGGCUGGGAGGCCCUCGUAUCUCGUGCUAGAGCUUCCCACGGCCGACUGCUGUCGCGUCCCCCCCGCUGGCCGGGCUGGGCGGAGAUUGGGUGGCGCCGACGCUACUUAGGUGUCGGAGCUAGUCGGUGCUGGAGCGCACCCGGUCCCGGUGCUCCGGGCCUCUGCGCAGCGCUCCGCUUUCUAUGAAGCCAAAGCGGUCUCUGAAGUGUUAGCCCCGAGCGCCGCUAGCCCCAGCCCGUGUCGGGCAGCAGCCGGCGAGGCGCCCCUUUGCCAGGCUGGGAUGGGGGCGUCAUCAGUCAGUAUUAGGGCCUCGGGAGGGGCCUCGGGGAGGGCAGGAGGAGCGCGCCGGCCCCUUGUCCUGGCCGAGGGCCCAGUUCUCUGCGGCCUUGCACGCCAGCAGGCACAGCUCC